AUGGCUUCAUCAUCUUCAAACAACAUUGACCUUUCCGGGCCCACUUACUGCGUGCUGAGUGGAGCUUCCCAGGGCAUCGGUCGCGCCAUCGCUGUAGAGAUAUCUAAACUCCUCGGUCCGAACUCUCUGAUGCUGCUGCUAGCACGUAACAAGGCAGAACUGGCUGUAACAGCAAGCCUGUGCGAAUCUGACAAGGUAAAAGUUAUAUUUAACUCCAUAGACUUGUCGAAAGCAUCCAAUGAUGAAAUGAAAGCUGUUCUGAACAAUUCGCUAGCAGGACGGAAGGUCACUGAUUUCAACACCAGUCUGAUUUUCCACAAUGUUGGGUCACUUGGAAACUUAGCUGUGGAGACUUUCCGCAUGGAGAAUAUGGAAGAACUGAGAGAGUACUAUGACCUUAAUGUUUUUAAGGUGAUCGGUAUGAACACCCAAUUUCUGAAGAUUUUUGAAGAAGUUGAAGAGAGGGUGGUUAUUGUGAACAUUACAUCUCUGUGUGCUAUCAAGCCGAUGAGCGGCAUGGCGUAUUACUGCAGUGGAAAAGCAGCUCGGGAGAUGUAUUUCAAAGUGCUUGCAGAAGAAAAGAAGCGUAUUAGAGUUUUGAACUACUCUCCCGGUCCGGUAGAAACAGCUAUGAUUGAUUAUGUGUUAGCAGAAACGGUGAAUGAGAAUCUCAGAGAUGUGUUCACCACGUUUAAGAAUCAGGGUACGCUUCUGAAGCCAGAGAUGACGGCUAAGAAGUGCGUGCGAGUGCUCCAAGCGGGCAGAUUCACUCCGGGCGAACAUGUGGAUUACUUUGAUGAUGAGUAAUCACAACUGUUACUUAAAAUUACAGGAUAUUUAGCUGGAGUUCUUUGUAACAAUCAAAAUCAGGGCCAUUUUCAUCAGAUUUACUUUGUUCAAUCAUCAUUGUUACUAAAUGUGUACCUAAAAGUCUAGAGUUAUUCUCACUCUCUGUAACAACUUUUUCUAUUUCAAUGUACCUUCAUGAAAAACAUUAGCCAAAUAUUGUCAAGCAAAAUGCUAAAACUAAAGCCAUUUGCAACAACCAUUUGUUUCAAACAUUGCAACUGUACUUAGAAC